AGUGAUUGCAGUUUUAGUUUUUCUUUUUCGAUCCCGCUCAUCUGCUUGCCAAAUUCUUAAGGUGCGCGCGGCCCUAGGCGUAGCUGGUGCGCCGCAGCGGCAAUAAAUAGAGAUGGAAGUAGGCCAAGCCAAACAGUGGUCAUCGUCAUGUGACGACUCGUACUGAGGCCAACAAAAUGAAAUCGUUUUCCCGUCGUUCACCUUUUGCGUUCUGCUCUCUCCUCCAUCCGAAAUGGACCCGUCGCCGUCGAAAACAGCAGAAGCACCCAGCACACUGCCUCAAAAAGAUGAACGCAGAGACGACCACGACCCUCAACCUUCUCCUUCUUCUCUUCCACGCACUCCUGACAACGCUCACGCAGGCCAUUCUCGACCCCUCGGCCGAGGAGAAACGGCAGCUCUGGGGCUCGCCGAACUGCGACAAUGCGGUCAGCGAGCACAUCAACUGGCUCGAUUUCCGUGAGCAGAUGAGCCGGAUCCCCUACCCGUUGAACAUCGAGCUUGUCAUACCCCUGUUUCAGCAAUUUCGGAUCUCCCACGUGCUCGACCAGGAGGCGCAGCGAUGUGUGAUGGGGCUCUCCACGCUGUUCUACUACACGUGCCGGUGGACGCUGGACUCGGUGAAAGACCAGGGCCGCGUGACGGAAGACACCGACUUCCGCGGAUUGCAGCAAGCGAUCUCGCAGUACAGCGUUCUGGAAAAUUACCUGUCGGCCGUGCACCCGGGGUUGUUGGAUAACUCAAAGUGGCCCAUCAUGGACGAGGACAUCCGGAGGCUAAGACAGAAUUUACUCGACACCUAUCGGUAUAGUGGUCUUUAUUUUCUGGCAUUACAUCAUUUAGAGGCCGUACGAUUAAUGGGCCCCCUUUUCGAUACCGAAAAGGGGGGGGUAGGUGCGGUCGGUCGUCUGGCGGGCGGGCCGUAUCCAGACAUGGCCGGGUCCCUCCGGACCCAACCAAUUUUCCUUCUCGGACCUCAAAUCUAAAUCCGCAAUUUCCCCGCCCCGGCAAAAAAGUUUCGUUUUCUUAUUGCGGCUUCCCAGCGCGUCUCUCUUCUGCUGCGGUUUCUGCGGUGUGGCUGGAACAAAAUGAAACACAACAGCAGAAUUUUCUUGGGCGCGCGCGGCGCGCGCGCGCGGAUCGGCAUACGGGUGCAACAACAGAAAACGCUUCAAGCGUGCAAUGCGCGCGCGCAGACUGAAAAAAAGCUAAGCUCGCGGCGCGCGCUGCUACGUGCGCGCAGCGGAGAACAUGCAGCGGAGAACGUGCCGCCCCAGUGGUCGAAGUGGCCGCCUCAGCUUUUCCAAAUGCAGGAAGUGCUGAGGUGGUCGCUGCAACAUCCCGAGGCUGGCUGUGCAAUGCUGCGUCACAAGUACCUCCCCCCUGGUGGUCUAUUGUGUGGCAGCCCUGUUUUUGUGCAAUUGUGAAAGCCCUGUCUUUGUGCGCAGGCGAAGAAGCUUCGCCAUGACGCAUUGCGAACCGUCUCCGUUUUUUAGCAGUAGAGCUGCUCCGCAGUUGGUCUACCUCUACAAACUGCGCCCAAGCUACUGCGAAGCAGCUCUUUUUCUGCGCAGUAGGUCGACGGCCUACGUCUGCAACCAGCUGGGACUGCUAUCAAGUUGGAGAUGAUUUACUCCUGGGCAGCUGUGCUGCUGGUGGGCUCUGUGAAAGAAAGCCGCCCCCUUUGUUUUGGGAUAUCGGGAGCCGGCUUUAUUUUGAGAAGCAGAAAGCGCGUCGCUUACGCUUUGCUUCCCUUGCGCUUUUUUUUCCGAAAAGAAAAACAACAAACGAGAACUCGCUCCAUAGCGUCGGCGAUGUGUACUUUGCGCACUGUAGCGCGCCUUGCAAUCCAGCGAAGCUGGGUGCCGCAUGUGGCUGCCGCUGCGCUUUUGCAAAAACAAAGCGGCGAAAGGGAUGAUACGCGCCGUGCCGCCGGGAUUCAGACUCGCGAUAGGCUUCGCGAUAAACAGCCCCCGAAUUUCGAAAAGGGGGGCGUGGGGGGGUAAACUCGGUCAGAUUCCCGCUUCUACCCCCCUUUUCGGUAUCGAAAAGGGGGUCGAUUAAUCGUGCAGCCUCUUACAAUGUUCAUGUUGCGCUGAAGCUGUUGAUACGUAAAAACGCAUGAAAAAAAUUUUGGAUCGAGAACGAGAACGACAACACUACAACUUGAGUAGAUCAACACACAUUACCAAGACUUCCCAACCACUAUUCCAGCCUGCUUGCGCAGCAAGACGAGACGCUGCAACACAGCUUCCACGACAAAAUCAAAGUCUACGUGUACGACGAGGAAGAAGUUCCGGAGCUGAAAAAGCUUACCAUCGGGGCGAUGUUUUGCGGCCGGGGGCAGUGGGGCAUGGAGACGCAGAUCCACGACUUUUUCCGCGCCUCCUCUUUCCGAACGUUAGAUCCGGACGAAGCGGAUUUUUUCUACGUGCCGGGUUACGCGAUCUGCAUGCUGGAGGGGAACAUUUGGAAGAUGGAAGAGAUUGACCAAAUCUACAUCGAUUUGGUGGACAAACUACCGUAUUUCAAGCGCAGUCGGGGACGGGACCACGUUUUCACCUUCGGAUCUGGAAUGUCCACGUCUGUGUUCGAGUUAUGGUUUAGAAGAAAAAAAGACCCAUUGUUCCAAUGUAGCAAUUUGUCAUCUAUUAAAACAUGUAUCGACGCCUGUGCAUGUGUUUGUCAUGCAAAAAAUGGAUCAUGGGUGUUUGUUUUCUUUUGAUCCAAGUCCUGGAGGUCGUACAUCCCCGAAUCCAUUGUCUUGACCCCGGAAACAGAGCUGUUCAACGACCUAGCUUGGAUCAUCGAGCCCCCCUGGCAACCUUGGAAGGACAUCGUGAUCCCCGGGAAUUUGGACAUGACGGAGUUGAUCUCCCUGCAGGAAAUGGCAAAACCGUUGGCGGAGCGGGAAUACCUGGGGUGCUUCUUCGGACGGGCGGACGUGGUGCGCGGUAAAAAUGACAAAAUGUGAUUGAAUACUCCUGCAACUUGCUUCGUUCAUUUGUGGCACGACGUCAGUGCCUGCUUAGCACAAGAGCGUAGAAGUUCAUUGAUGUAAAUUGAUAUUCAAGUUGUACAACUAAUACGUCGGUCCCAAUGUCUACAACUCCACCGACCACCAGGUCCGCACCCUUGGGUCGGAGGGCCGAACAUUCGGCAGACCAUUCUGAACUGGAAGGACACGGAGCCGGAUUUGUUUAUUUCCGAGUUCACCGAGCUCCGGAAAAUGCACCAGGCGAUGGGCAACGCAAAGUUUUGCUUCAUCCCAAGAGGUAUGCAUUUUUGCAAAAGUAUCGUUAGCUAGUACAAGACCAAGACGCAUAUGCAUUCAACGAAUGAUUUUCUCAGCAGGAACAAGAAGAAAAUGAAAAACGGAGCUUGUCAUGCUGUGGCUAGUUGGCCUUGGAAAGCAGCAGAUUUUCCACACGUGUCUGCAAUUAGUACGAGUUUGUCGAUACUUUUGAACAAGCUGAUAGGAUGUAAAUCCGGGUGGAGCUUGCGGCUCUUCUAUCCUGAGUAAAAACGUACCCACGCCAGAGUUGUCAUGCAAAUCUGCAUGCCAAAAAGGUAAAGGUUUGUCAUGCGGAGCGCCAUGAGAGGCAUUGUGUAGUCGUGUUUUGGGAUUUGUGAUGCUACAAUCAGCAUGAUAUACUAGAUCUGUGAUGCUGCUGAACUACCUAAACAGGAUUACACUACGAGGACGAACUUGUCACGCCAAACGACCAAAGCUGGCUGAUUUGUCUAGCAGAUUUGCCAUCUUGACUCUGGUGUGGGUACGUUUUUACUCAGGAUAUCUUUGAGUCGCUGUUCACCAACUGCGUCCCGGUUCUCCUUUCCGACCAGGGCGCGCGCAAUGUUUGCUCCGUUUCCCGGGUUGCUCUCUCCGUGCAGCUAUUUGCCGCUAUGGCCUGGGUCAGCGUGUGAGGCUGGAAACGCCCCGCGAGAUGUCUACACAGGCCCUGGCCUCCUCGUCUCUAGCGGGCACCACGCACAUAUGUUGGCCGCGGAGGCCUUUCCGGAGCCGUUCCAAAAAGGGGGGGCCGGAGGGGUGCCCGGAACCCUAAAAAAAAGCCUAUUGCUUUUUCGUCGAAUCACGAUGGUGCUACCCCUCCCCAAAAGGGGUCCCGGAACCCCUCUGGGAACCCUUCCCGAAAGGCUCUCGGGCUUUUCGCAUUUUAAUGAAAAAGCCGCAAAGGCAAAAAGCGCGCGCGCCUGCCGGUACACGCGCGCACAGCUGCGCGACAGUAGAAACAAGGGGAGGCGCAGCCGGGGCAGGUUCCGUUUGCGCCCUCGACUCCGACCGACUUGCACAGAAUGAGGCCCAUUGUCUAGCGGCUGGACUGCAAGAGGACCUGCUGCAGCACCUCCAGGCUGCAGGGGCGCUCCGAGGCAAGUCCGUGGAGCAGCAGCGCCGGAUAGCUCCGUCUUUAGCCACUGAGAUGCGCUGCGAAUAAGCUAGCUAGUUCAUUAGGCGCGCACCAUAGUGGGGGGCUAUAUGUGUGCAACGUGAUGGAUAUCAAAUACAAAAAAAGGCGCGCGGAAAAUUUUUUACAGCUUGAGGCAAAUACAAGCUUGACGACGCCAUAGUACAGCUACAGGGUGCAUAUGCAUUCAAGAAAUGAUUUUCUCAGCAUGAACAAGAAGAAAAACGGAGCUUGUCAUACUGCGGCUAGUUGGCCUUCGGAAGCUAGCAGAUUUGUAGUACGAGUUUGUCGAUACUUUUGAAGCUGAUAGGAUGUAAAUCCGGGUGGAGUUUGCGGCUUUUCUAUUGAAAGAAAAAACUGUGUUAGUGUAGGUAUUUCAAAAAGUGCGAUAUUUUUUAAUAGCGAAAGCUCAAGAUUUUUUUCAAAGCAGGUAAGUCCGGUUUUCUUAAUGCUGCCUUUGCUGUGGUGCUUGGAAUGCAAGUAGCUAACGGUUGCUUCGGUAAUAAUUGUCUUUAGCUAGUUAAGGAGGCAGGACUCAUGUUUCUGCUUCGAAACCCGCCGGACAUCGUCGCAGUACUCCUUCAAGUCGGUACUUGGCCCCACCUGGGGCCAGAAUGCUUCUGCGCCAGAAAUCAAGCUCCACGACCUUCAGUCAGCCGUCGCCAGCACCGAUGAGUCCUGCCUCCUUAACUAUUCACAUAUACCGAAGCAACCGUAGCUAGUUUUGACUAUAUAAAUUCACCAUAUAAACAUCAACACAUACCAGGUCGGGGAUUGCGCCGCAGCUUGAGAAUUUUUGAGUUUUGCAUAUGAAAAAAAAUAGUGAUUUUUGAAACACCUACACUAACACAGUUUUUUCUUUCAAUAUCUUCGAGUCGUUGUUCACCAACUGCGUCCCGGUUCUCCUUUCCGACCAGUUAUCCUGAGUAAAAACGUACCCACACCAUAGUUGUCAUGCAACUCUGCAUGCUUAAAAUGUUUCUCAUGCGGAGCCCCAUGAGAAGCAUUUUGUAAUGCGGUUUUGAAAUUUGUCAUGCUCCAAUCAGCACGAGAUACUAGAUCUGUAAUGCUGCUAAACUAGCUCAAACAGCACUACACUACGCGGACAAACUUGUCAUGCCAAACAACCAAAGCUGGCUGAUUUGUCUAGCAGAUUCCCCAUCUUGACUCUGGUGUGGGGACGUUUUUACAUAUGAUACCAGUGGGAACUUCCUUUCGAGGACAUUCUGGACACGAGUAAGUUCGUCAUCAAAUGGCCCAUCGCGAACACGGACAACUUGCUGGAAUACUUACGGAAGUUACCAAACACUGUGGUCGAAGAGUACAUGCUGAACGCGCGGAAAAACCGAUGUUGGUAUCGUAUGACCUGCUCUGAGGUGUUACAAUCUCAGCAGGUACACUUCUAAUGAAAUUUGGUUCUGGAAGAUUUUGGUUGUUGUAUGAAGAUCAGCAUGAGAGACGCACAGAGUCGUGUCGGCUUUUUUGCAAUGAAAAUUUUGCCGGAUUUUUCAUGCAGUUGCAGUUUGGGACGGCGACGGCAGAGCUUCAACUUGUCAGGGGGACGAAUCCUGUGAGCAUAUGUAAGCCAAAUCGUGCGUUAGCGUUCUUUCCUGCAUCGCAAGUACGAGUCUCCGUUGCUCUUCGUAACAGUUGAGUAGACUGUAACACCUGAGCGGGCCAUAUCCAAGUACCCACCGAAGAACAUCGACGUGCGGCACACCAUGCGGAAGGCACACAAGCUGUGCCAGGAUGACCGGGAGUCUGCGUACAACGGGAUACUGGACAAUCUGGUAAAGAAGAAACUCACUGGCGUGAGCAAUGGGCGGAGACGGGAUCAGUUCAAAUUGGUCGAGGGGAAGGCCGUAUUGGCGGACAAAAGUUUGUCGGCGACGACCCGGAUUUUUCCCUUGCAGGAGGACUCGUCACCGGGGACGCGAAGCGUUGCGGUUGCUACUGGUGCGUUGUCCUCGGCGGCCGGAGGUGGUGAAACAGGUGUCGAUGAUCCCAUCAAAGCCGGGGAAGAUCAUGAAGCAGCAGGUGAAAAUAAGCCGCAGCCCCUUCGCGAAGAUGAAUUCCGGACCUGGGAUAGCUAUCCUGUGCAAAAGUAUCGUACUCGUACUAAUUGCAUUUAUGCAUCACAAAUCUAGUUCCUAAGGCAAAUCCGCAUUACGUAAUGUUGCUGAGCCAAAUUGUAUUGCAAUUACUAUACAUUAUAUUCAUGCGAAAAAAGAGGUAGACAGAGGGUCCCAGAGAGGUGGCCGAGAGGUAAAAAAGAGGUCGACAGAGGUAGAAAAGAGGUCGACAGAGGUGGAGAGGUGGCGCGAAACCCCGUUCGAGAGGGUGCGCGAAUAAGGCCCGCAGUAAGCGCCCACCCUUAGGCGCCGCCUAAGUGGCACAGAGGGUGCAGAGAGGUCAAAAAGAGGGGGCGCGAGAGGGGGACAGAGGUGGAGAGAGGUGGCGCGAAUAAGGGGCGACCUCUCGCGGACCCUCUCCGCCACCUCUCGGCCACCUCUGUCGACCUCUACCCGCGAGUAUAGCCGGACUAUUAGCGGGGACCCCCAAAAGAGGUCCAAAAGAGGGUCUGUGAGAGGUCUGCGAGAGGGUAAAAAAAAAAAGAAGCGGGCGCAAAUCCGCAUGGUAGUGCCCAUAUUUGGCACUGCAGGCCAUUCGCGGGCUUGUUUGGUUCGGCGCCUUUUCGCGCCACCCUCUCGCGCCACCCUCUCGCGCACCCUCUCGCGCCACCCUCUCGCGCCACCCUCUCGCGCACCCUCUCGCGCCACCCUCUCGCGCCACCCUCCCGCGCCACCCUCUCGCGCUACCCUCUCCCGCCGGGCGGCUUCUGUUCGCCCCCGGUGUUCUUUACAGCUGCUCCCUGCGCAGAGCGCCUACAGGCGCGGGAAGCGCGCAAGUGGUCCUGCGGGUUGGUGCGGCGCAAACCGGGGGCCGGAGUCCAGUAUGUUUCUUUCGUUUUGCAUAGGCCCGUGGGGUUGUGGUCCGAUCGGCAAGCAGUCUUGCCCCGGCCCAACAGCCUUGCGCUCCGGCGGCAGCCGGAGCAUGGCUGGUUUAUACUAGUGCGUUACUUUUGCAGUUCAUAAUAGCGAUGUGAUCGGUGCUGCUGGUCGUCACGCAAGCUCCUCUUCUGAUGCUGAGGACGGAAUAAAGCGAUCUAGUACGGAGCAGCAGUGCGUCCCUGGCUUCACAAACUUGGGGUUCUGUGCGCAACAAAAUGAACAGGAAAAGCUGGCUCCUGGAGCAGGCAGUUACGAGGAUUCUGCGAUGGGAUCGCUCGUAGGAUCAGGUGGGGAGGAAGAAGGAGCUGCACCAGAGGCCGGCAAUAACAAACAUGAUGAUAGGAGCAGUGGGCCCCGCGGCCCUAGUGGUCUGCUGUACGACUACAGCAAGAGCUAUCAUCAGCUUGUAGAAAGGUAUAGGCCAGCACAUCCGCCUUUGGGAGGUACUACCAAGAGAAUCAUAACCUUUGACCCGAGGAGGAUAGAUCAAGGCGAGUUUUCGCAGCACGCUACAGUCGUGACAAAACAGAGAAAAACUAAUCAAGAAGAAUAAGUUCAGGAGUUCGUGGCUUGUGGUAUUCCUUUUCGGUUUGAAGACCACGCGAUGC